AUGGAGUCGAUUCAAUCAAUUACAAUCUCACCUAAACCAUAUGUAAAUGAAACAAAAAAUGCAGUACAUACCAAGCCUAGAAGGUCGAAGCUUGAUGUUCACUUACUGAGGAAUUUUACCGGUUUUUCUUACAGAUGCGAAUCCCUUACCCUGAAUGGUACGAGGUACUGCGAGUGGGGCUACAAUGGACUGGGUAUAGACUACCAGGUCUUGGCCGGACCUGCCUUCAUGGCUGUCUUCACUGUGGUGGGUGUCAUCCUUGGAGUCGUCGCUGAUAAAUACAACAGAGCCCGCGUCCUCUCUUUUUGCACGGUCGUCUUCGUCAUAGCGAUCCUCCUCAUGGGCACCGUCAAGGAGUACUGGCACCUGGUCAUCCUCCGAAUGAUCAUGGCAGCAGGAGAGUCCGGCUGCAAUCCUCUGGCCACGGGGAUCCUCACAGAUCUCUUCCCUGAGCACCAGAGGGCGUUGGUGCUCUCGAUCUUCAACUGGGGCAUCUAUGGAGGGUAUGGUAUUGCUUUCCCUGUGGGACGGUAUAUACCCGAUCUCAACGCUUGGGGACUGAGUUGGAGAGUGUGCUACUACGGAGCGGGCAUCGUCGGUAUAGUCAUCGCUGUGCUGACCUUCCUCACGCUUAGGGAACCUGAGAGAACCACCAUUGGAGAAGAAGGCGCUGGCAACACCAAAGGCGGAGACUCCACCCUGGAGUCAGGCAAGAAGAUGCCGCAAGUCACCAUCUGGCACGUCAUUGCGCAACCCAGGAUCUUGCUGCUGUGUAUUGCUGCUUCCAUCAGGCAUUGCGGCGGUAUGUGCUUUGCAUACAACGCGGACCUGUACUACCGGGAUUACUUCCCCGACGUGGACCUGGGCUGGUGGCUGUUCGCCGUCACCGUCGGCAUCGGCUCCGUUGGCGUGGUGGUGGGAGGAGUCAUCUCCGACAAAUUCGUCGCCAAAAUGGGCAUCAGAUCUCGAGUGCUGGUGCUGGCCGUCUCGCAGCUGAUCGCUACUCUUCCCGCCUUCGGCUCCGUGGUCUUCGGGCCCCUGUGGGCCAUGAUCACCCUGGCCAUCUCUUACUUCUUCGCGGAGAUGUGGUUCGGCAUAGUGUUCGCUAUACUGGUGGAGAUCGUGCCUCUAUCAGUGCGGUCCACCACCGUCGGAGUCUUCCUGUUCGUGAUGAACAAUGUCGGAGGCAACCUGCCGAUCCUGGUGGACCCUGUGGCUAAGGCUAUUGGAUACAGGGAGGCCAUCAUGAUCUUCUACGCCGGGUUUUAUGGGAUCAGCAGUAUCCUGUUCUUCCUGACCAUGUUCCUCAUGGAUGGACCUGUAGAAACCAGCGAAGCCACCAGCGCUCCAAAGACCACAGGUCUCGACAACCGAGCGUUCACCCACGAUGAGACCAAAAGCGGGAGGAGUCUACCUUCACUCCCAGAUGACAGUCGGUUGUAGGUCGUCAAUUGACUAGGAACUUUAUAAAAACAGUGACGUAUUGGGUUCCAAUUUUGAAUUACUCGUAUGUAGGUAGGAAGUUGACACGAUUAGUCAAUUGACGUACUUUUUAUGAGCGACUAAGUUUAAUUCAGUUUCAAAAAAUCAUUUUUUCUUUAAGAAUGAGAAAUUAUGACGUCAAUUUCAGAGUGCGAAAGAAUUGACUAAUUUUAUCGAUUCCCAAGUUACUAAAUCAUAUAAUUUAAAAGUCAGGGCUAUAAUGAAGUGUUUUAGAGAAGUUGUGCAUGGGAAUUGUUGAUAAACAAUUAUAAUUCGAUUACUUAGAGCCGUAUUAUUAUAUAGCGCGCGUGCGGUUUACUUCUGUCACUGUGACAGUAUGUAUCUCUUUUUCUCUUCAUAAAAGGGUAAAAGCAACAGAUAUACUAUCACGGAUAGUAAGUAGGUACUGCCACUGUGUGCCACAGGCCCACGGCGACCAAAAAUUCAACCGUGUGCGAUGCGAUGGAGCGGGCUAUGCUCGGAGUUUCCCUGCGUGAUCGAAUCAGAAAUGAGGAGAUCCGCAGGAGAACCAAAGUAACCGACAUAUCUCGCAGAAUUGCUAAAAUCAAGUGGCAGUGGGCAUAGCUCGUAGAGACGAUGGCCGUUGGGGCACGCGCUUUUACUUUGUAUGAUUCCUAUUGGCAAUUGGAAUUUUUUACGGUUCAAAUGUCAGUUAGUGGUAUUUUGCAAUAAAAAUGUGUAUUCUGUGUUCUGUCGACUGGGAUGUGGUACAAAAAGCCAAGCCAAGAAGCACUCUAUUUGGCCAAGAAUGACUAAGGCUCUAUGUAAAUUCUUGGCACAAACUUAAGUUUAAUUAAUGUUUUUAUUUUAUUUUAAUUGAAGUACAAACUGUUCAAAUACUGCAUUAACAGGUUAAUUUAGUUUGUUAACCCUGUCAAUGAGUACUCUUUCAAAAAAAUAUGACUAUGUAUCAUAUUUGAUUCAUUUGACACGAAGGGAUCUACCCUAUUAAAUACACAAGUGUCCAUAAAAUAGCAGAAAGAAAAAUUAUAACCCCCUUACUAAUAAAAAGUUACACAGUUGUUGAACACUAUUUUAAAAUGACUUUUCCAUACUAAACGUCACUUUAAAACACUGUUCAACGAGCGUGUAAGUUUUAUUAGUAAGGGGAUAAGUAAGUAACUUGGUAUUCAAUUAACUGUAUGUUACUGAGAGUGAUCAGUCUUUAAAAUUUGUUAAUUGUGUCAUUGGGUUACAUCAACCUUCUAUAAUACAUAAAAUCUCAAGAUCAAUUAACUUUUCUUUACAAACUACGAUACUUAAUUGGCUAUUUAGUAUAGGGAAGUGAACACUGUAUUUGCAUAAUCUCAAUAAAAUGCGUUAAUGCUUUAUAUAAAUUUGAAUCUCAUGUAAAAUAGCAUACUAAGAGAAUGAGCACUUAGUAUUAACAUUUUUAUGAUGUUACUAAUUAGAUAUUCAAAUAAAUAAGUACUUAAUAUGCAAUAAGUUUUCAUACAUAAAAAUCCAUGGCUAUCAGGAAUUUCGUAGUAAAGUUUGAUCAGAAAAUACCAAAAUAUGUUACUUACUACUAUGUAGU